AUGGCUCAGCAGACCGAUUCACCCGGCGACGUGGUGUAUGACCUCGACGAGAUUGCCGCAUUCACAGCGUGCAAAACUGUCCUGCAACAGCCCAAGACAGAGAACUUUGUCGUCAGCUUCAACAGUGCCAAGGCACAAUGUGCAGUCGACGUCAGUCAGGAAGAAGCGCUGAACUGGUUACAGGGCGACAACCGCGAUGAGAGUCAAACGUUGUGGUUCAACUUUUGGACUUCCGAGAAGCAGAGGCCGAUCAUCGAGGCUGUGGCCAAGCAUUACGACCUCUCCCCCAGGCUCGCUGGUUUGCUAUGUCCUGCUGCUGCGACUACUACUACUACUACAGGCGAACGGCAGGCGACUUCUGCGGCGGAUAGCGACAGCUCAGGAUCUGCUUCGCAGGUGCCAGAGAAGACAUCGAGGGCACGGACGACCGACGUGGAGAAGGGCAUUCCGGGCCGACCGACACUGCAGCAACCAAAGCCCGGAUAUCCAACGGGCUUGGAAGGCAUGACCUUCAGCGAGGUCGUCCAGAGGCUGUGGCAUUUCUGUUCGGUGGACUUUGGCCGUCGAUACAUCUACGUCGGCUUCAACGCCCUGUACACCCUGCCCUCGGACGAUAGCACAUCUCCAGAUGAGGAUGACACGGCCGCUGCGGACAACAGAGACGGCGGCGGCGGCGGCGGCGGCGGUCAGGCAACCGCGAGCCACAGCAAGCCGGCUGGACAGCGAGUAUGGUCAUCCCUACUCAUCUGUGACGAUGGCACCGUGGUCUCGGUCUUUGAGCGUCCCGCCGGCGCCGACGCAGUCACACACUUCGAAACACGACGGAACGUCCUCAACGUCUUCCGCCAUCUCUCUCGGCAGCACGAUCAAGACAACGCAAAGGACGCACUGUUUCAGGUUCGGGUGCGAUGGUUGAACGAGAUCUCGAACAACAGCGCGACGGGCUAUGACCGAAAGGAAGCCGCCAGCCUGCUGUUCUAUUACCUGUUCGACGAUUGGGUCUCGACCUUCAAGCUCAUCGCUCGCGUGGAGCACCCCUACCGCGAGAAGUUGGAAGUGAUGCGACAGAAAAUGUUCACGGCCGCCAAGGUGUCGCUUGUGCAGCAAGUCCACGACGUGGGCAGGCAGCUGACGGUCCUGAAGCUAAUGUAUCAGAGCUAUGAACUCAUUGUCUCACGCGUCAUCCAGAGUCAGCGGUCAGCAAGAGAUGUCAAAGUUGGAACUCUGUCACCACGGGAGACAUUGAUGCAUGAACGCAACCUCCUUGGCUCUGGAGACCUCAGCAAGUCUCAUUUGCCGCAUUUGGAUGAAUUCGUCAUGGAUGAUGAUUCGGGGUCGAACGUCAAGUUGGGCUCGUCGGCCAUCUUUAGAUUCGAGCGCCUGUUCGACAGGAUUCGGUUGUACGCUUUGACAGAGAUCGAAGAAUGCAUAAAGGAGAAGGAGUCGCUUGUGCUGAUGAACUUCAACUUGGUCGCCUUGAAAGAGUCCCAAGCCGUCGAGAAGCUGACAAGAACAACCAUUCUCCUGGCCAAGGCGACGAUCCUAUUCCUUCCUGUCAGCCUGAUGACGGCCUAUUUCUCCAUCCAGCUCAAGGAGAUUGACGACAAGUACAGCUUGAAGACGUACUGGUUCUGCUUCUUGGUGGUCACUAUCCUCUCAAUCCUCUUCCUCGUGGUCUUUGGCGGCAUCACGCACACCUUGGAGGGCAAGACCGUCUACCGCUCCGUCACAAGAACGCUUGGGAGGAUGAUUCUGAACGCGGGCAAGCGGAAACGCAAGGCACAAUGA